AUGACUGAAAUAAGUAUAAAAUUCUAUAACACAGAAAAUAUCCACUUCGAAGAGUAGUCAAAGGCAUCUUAAGUAGUAAAAAACGACUUCCAAAAUUACUUGAUAAAAAAUGACCCUCAUCAUAUUGAUAUCCUUGAAAAUAAAAACUAAAUAUUAUGUACAAUUAUAUGCGACAAAGCAGAUUUUCAAUAUAAUUAAAAUGAAAAAAAGCUUUAGAUAUUUUAUAAAGACAAAAAAGAUAAAGAGCCUUAAUUAGCUUUAGAAAUAUAAUCAUAUUCUUAAUCUAUAUUAAAGGAAAUAAUAGAAAAUAUUAGUGAAAGAAAAAUUUAUACAAAAUAUAAAGGGCCACUUUCUUACGUUCCUUCAAGAUUAUAAAGAACAUCUUUAUUGAGUUCUGAGUCUCCAGAGUAAAAUUAUAGAGGCUUUAUGAAUGCAGCAGGUCUUGUAUUGUUCAUAAACAAUAUUAGAUAAAUAGUCUAAAAUUUAAAAGAAUAUGGAUUAUAGCUAAAUAAUAUAUAUAAACAACCUUGGGAUUAUAUAGAUAAACAUUUUGCUUUCAUGAUUUUAAUUUAAUUUUUUUUUAUUGGAGUAACUUUUUUAAUUCAGAAAGCUGUUUUUAGCUCUAAUAUAGGUCCUCAAUUUGUAAAAAUAAAAAAAAUAAAGCAUUUUUAUAAAAAUUUAAUGUAGGCAAGAUUUUUGAAUAUUAUUAAUCUAAGCUUAUAAUUUUUGUCACCUGUUAUUUACAAAAAAUAUUUUGAAAUUCACUUUAUACCAAGUGUGUUUUUAAUUGGAUUUAAUAUUGUUGUUUUUUUGAAAUUAAUCAGUUAUUCACAUGUAAUGAGAGAUAUAUUUUUUUUAAUCAAAAGAGUUUAAAAAUAUGAAAAAUAAUCAAAUAAAAAAAAUGUUUCUUUAAGUGAUGUAAUAACAGAAGCUGAAUCUUCAUCUGAUAAUUUGGAGUUAAUAAGAAAAAAUUGUAAUAAACUUGAAAAUAUUGUUGAGUUAAAAAAUUUAAUUUUCUUUUUUGCUGCACCAACAUUGUGCUUUUAAUUAAUUUAUCCGAGAACUUAAGCAAUAAGAAAACUUUGGCUUUUAAAAAGAUGCAUUGAACUUAUAUUAAUAAUAGCUCUUUAAACGUAAUACAUAUUUUAAAAAAUAAAUAAAUAAAAUAAAAAAAGGAUAUUAUGGUUUUAAUAUUUACAUCCAGCUUUAUAAGAAACAUAUGAAUUAUCAAAAGAUCCUAAUAAUAUUACAUUUUUAUUUAUUUUAGAAAGAAUGUUAAAAUUAUCUAUUCCUAAUCUAUACUUUUGGAUAAGUGGUUUUUAUGGAAUGUUUUAACUUUUUUAAAUAUAACUUCUGAAUUAAUAAGAUACGGUGAUAGAUAAUUCUAUUUAGAUUGGUGGAAUUGUAGAGAUUUAGAAUAAUACUGGAGAUAAUGGAAUUUACCUGUUCAUCAUUGGUGCGUAAGACAUUUUUAUAAUCCUUUACUUAAAAGGGGAACAAGUAAAUUACUUGCUAAUAUAUUAGUUUUCACUUUUUCCGCUUUAUUGCAUGAGUGGAUUAUUAGCGCUGCUUUGGGUGUUGUAGGAUAUCAUGCAUUUUUAGGAAUGUGCUUAUAAGCACCUGUUAUUUACAUAUAAAAAAAUUUAACUAAAGUAAUUUUUUUGUUAUAUUAUUUAUUUGGUUUAUUAUAUUUUUUUCAAGAUUUUAAGGCUUGAAAAUUCUUAAUUAGGCAAUUUAAUGUUUUGGAUUAGUUUCUGUUUUAUUGGAUAACCACUUUCAGCUGUUAUUUAUUAUAAUAUUUAUAGAAAUGUGUAUGGUUGAAAGUUA